CGAAGCCGAAGAAAUAAGGAGAGUAAAAGAGAGAAAGAGACAAGACAGGGGCCAGCCCCUGCCCCCCGCGGCGCCAUGUCCUCUGUGGUGGCUCAAGCCCUGCACAUCUUUGGGCUCCGUGCUCACGUCGCUAACAAUCUCUGCUUCUUCGACGAGCAAAUCAUCAUCUAUCCAUGUGGCAACCACUGCGUGAAGUACAACGUGGACCAGAAGUGGCAGAAGUUCAUUCCAGGUUCAGAGAAGAGUCAGGGUAUGCUAGCCUUGGCCAUCAGCCCCAAUCGGCGCUACUUGGCCAUUUCAGAGACUGUGCAAGACAAAGCUACCAUCACCAUUUAUGAGCUAUCUUCAGUUCCAUGCAGGAAGCGAAAAGUCUUCAGCAACUUUGACUUCCCAGUUCAGAAAUUUGUUAGCAUGGCUUUCUCUCCAGACUCCAAGUAUCUUGUGGCCCAGACAGGAGCACCUGAGUCCAACUUAGUCUACUGGUUGUGGGAGAAGCAGAAAGUGAUGGCAAUGAUUAAAACUGAUAACCAGGGCAACGCAGUCUACCAGGUGAGCUUUAACCCCCAAGAUAGCACCCAGAUUUGUGUCACUGGAAAUGGAAUCUUUAAGCUUUUCCGUUACGCUGAGGGAGCAUUGAAACAAACCAAUUUUCCUCGGGGAGAGCCCCAGAAUUACCUGGCCCAUGCCUGGAUCUCUGAAGACCGAAUUAUUGUGGGCACUGACAUGGGCAAACUUUACCUGUAUGAAUCCGGAGAUGUGCGCUGGGAAACCAGCAUUGUGUGCAAGGAGUCCUCCACUGAUGCUAAGAAGCUGGAUCAGCUUCAGGAGUCCGAAAGCCUCAUUGAAUUCCCAGUACCAAGCUCUCCUGAUAUGUCUAAUGAGCAGCUCUUUUUGGAAAGGGGCCAGAGCCAGAAUUUGUUGCCCCAGGUGUCUGCCAUUGCUCCCUACUCGAAGGGCUUUGCCUGCUCUGCUGGGCUGGGGAGAGUCGUACUCUUUGAGAAGAUGGAAGAGAAGGAUUCCUACCGGGAGAGUCGGGAGAUUCGGAUUCCAAUGGACCCACACAGCAAUGACCCAAGCCAGUCUGACAAACAGGAGAUUCUCUGUAUGUGCUUCAGUCCUUCUGAGGAGACAUUGAUUGUCAGCACCAACAAAAGCCAGCUCUACAGCAUCACUAUGUCCUUGACGGAGAUCAGCAAGGGGGAGCCUGCUCAUUUUGAGUACCUCACAUUCCCGCUGCACUCUGCACCCGUCACUGGAAUGGCUAUCUGUAUCCGUAAGCCCCUUAUUGCUACAUGUUCUCUGGACCGAUCAGUGCGCAUCUGGAACUACGAGAACAAUAACCUGGAACUGUAUAAGGAGUACCAGGAGGAGGCAUACACCAUCUCUCUUCACCCCUCUGGGCACUAUACUGUGGUUGGCUUUGCUGACAAACUGCGCAUCAUGAACCUUCUCAUUAAUGACAUCCGAUCAUUCAAAGAAUUCCCUAUUCGAGGGUGCCGAGAGUGUGCCUUUAGUAAUGGAGGUCACCUAUUUGCUGCUGUCAACGGGAACGUCAUCCACAUCUACACCUCGACCAGCCUAGAAAACAUCAGUAACCUGAAGGGACACACAGGCAAGGUGAGGUCAGUUGCAUGGAAUCUGGAUGACAGCAAGCUGAUUUCCUGUGGCACAGAUGGUGCUGUGUAUGAAUGGAACCUGUCCUUAGGAAGGAGGGAGACUGAGUGCGUGCUUAAGUCUUGCAGCUACAACUAUGUGACCAUCUCUCCUGACUCUAAAAUCAUUUUUGCUGUCGGAUCUGACCAGACCCUCAAGGAGAUUGCAGACUCUUCGGUGCUUCGGGAAGUGUCUGCCUUUGAUGUCAUCUACACAGCCAUUGUCAUCUCCCACUCGGGACGCAUGGUGUUUGUAGGCACCACGAUGGGCACCAUCCGAUCCAUGAAGUACCCCCUGCCUAUACACAAGGAAUACAAUGAGUAUCAGGCACAUGCUGGGCCUGUCACAAAGAUGCACAUUACAUUUGAUGACCAGUACCUGUUGACCUGUGCUGAGGAUGGCUGCCUCAUCACCUGGAAGGUCUACGAUAAGGAUGGCCGGGGUGUCAAAAGGGAACGGGAAGUGGGCUUUGCUGAGGAAGUGCUGGUCACUAAGACAGACAUGGAAGAGAAGGCUCAGAUCAUGCUGGAACUGAAGACUCGUGUGGAGGAGCUAAAGAUGGAAAAUGAGUACCAGCUACGACUAAAGGAUAUGAAUUACACAGAGAAGAUCAAGGAGCUGACAGAAAAGUUUGUCCAGGAGAUGGAGUCUCUGAAGACAAAGAACCAGGUUCUGAAAACAGAGAGGGAGAAGCAAGAAGUCACACAUAGUAACUACAUAGACGACCUCAUGGAAAAGCAGGGCAGAGAACUCCAGGACAUUGAGUGCUGUAACAAUCAGAAGCUGCUGCUGGAAUAUGAGAAGUACCAGGAGCUGCAGCUCAAGUCUCAGCGGAUGCAAGAAGAAUACGAGAAACAGCUGCGGGACAAUGAGGAGACCAAGAGCCAGGCCCUGGAGGAGCUGACCGAGUACUACGAGGCCAAGCUCCACGAGAAAACCAGCCUGCUGGAGGAGGCUCAGGAUGAUGCGAGGCAACAACUGCGAGAGUUUGAAGAGACAAAGAAACAGAUUGAAGAAGACGAAGACCGAGAAAUCCAGGACAUCAAAACCAAAUACGAGAAAAAGCUCCGGGAUGAAAAAGAAGCCAACUUGCGACUCAAAGGAGAAACAGGCAUCAUGCGGAAGAAGUUCAGCAGCUUGCAGAAGGAGAUUGAGGAGCGGAGCACGGACAUCGAGGCCCUGAAGGUGGAGCAGUUGAAACUCCAAGGUGUCAUCAAAUCCCUGGAGAAGGAUAUCCAAGGCCUGAAACGGGAGAUUCAGGAGAGAGACGAGACAAUCCAGGACAAGGAAAGAAGAAUCUAUGACCUGAAAAAAAAGAACCAGGAGCUGGAGAAGUUCAAGUUUGUGCUGGAUUACAAAAUCAAGGAGCUGAAGAAGCAGAUCGAGCCCAGGGAGAAUGAGAUCAAGGCCAUGAAGGAGCAGAUCCAGGAGAUGGAGGCUGAGUUAGAGCGCUUCCACAAACAGAACACCCAGCUGGAAUUAAACAUCACAGAGCUGUGGCAGAAGCUCAGGGCUACGGAUCAGGAGAUGCGCCGAGAGCGGCAGAAGGAGCGGGACAUGGAAGCCCUGGUCAAGCGGUUUAAGAUCGACCUUCACAACUGUGUGGGCUUCAUCCAGGAGCCCCGGCAGCUGAAGGACAAGAUCCGCAACCUCUUUGAAAAGUACGUCCAGCAGGCUGACAUGGUGGAGAUCGUGGGGGUGGACACGGACCUGCAGCAGGAGUACAUCCGGCAGAGGGAGCACCUGGAGAGGAACCUGGCCACGCUCAAGAAGAAGGUGCUCAAGGAGAAUGAGCUGCACCGCUCCGACAACGUCCGGAUCAUGCAGGAAAACGUGAGCUUGAUCAAGGAGAUCAACGAGCUGCGCAGGGAGCUAAAGAUCACCCGCACGCAGGUGCACGACCUCGAGUCGGCCCUGAGACUCACCAAGAAGCUUCGACACCAGGAGACGCCCGAAGCAGCGGUAACCACCGCGGAGAAGCCCGUCACGACGGGGAUCUUGAGACUGCACGAGGAAGAAGAGACGGAGAGAAUCAUAGAGAUGCAGCGCCUGGAGAUCCGGCGCCUCCGAGACCACAUCCUGGAACAGGAGAUGAUCAUGGGGCUGCACCCCCCCGGGAGGCUGCCCUCCUUGGACAGCGAGAAGGAUCUGGAGAGCAGCAACUGAGCCUCCCGUCCGGGGAGACGACUCUGGAGCUAGCUGAGGCCCGCCACGGGGAGGCCUCUGCCCUCCCUGGCCCCGCGGGAUAUGGGCCCGCUCCGCCGCUGCCCUGAGUCCUGGGUCCUGUGGAAGGCAGGGGAGAGGGGAGCCGAGGAAUAAAGAAAGAUGCCUGCCCUUGGCCUUCGAAGCCUCAGUUGUUGGGCAGGAGGCCCGGGGGGUUCCCAUGGCUUGUCGCUACCCUUUCUUGCUGGGCCCCAGGGCCUUGCGCGCUCCUCAUCCCCUGUACAGCCAGGCACCACCUGCCUCCUUACUUCCCCUACUGGUUUCGCUGCCAGUAAAUUCAGGCAAACGAGGAAAAAGGAAGUCGUCUCAUCAAAUGUUUUUUUCUUGUUUGUCAAAAUUGAAUCGUGCCAGCCCCUCACCCACCCU